CUAAAGUGAAUUUAAAAAGAAAGAGAGGCUGAGCAUUACCAGAUCAAACUUGAGAUAGCACCAGAGAAACAGAACCUGCAGAGAAGAUGGAGAUGAAGAUGAGCUGUGUGUGUUUGGUGCUGGGGCUGGUCCUGCUGAUGACCGUCUCCUCAGACGCUGGCACUUAUGGCACAGAUUCCACAGGUCAUCCUGUUCAGUGCUGUUUCAGCUUCUUCAAGGCUAAAAUUCCACCCAAACUAAUCGUAAAAGUUGAAAAAACACCAUCUGAGUGCCCAAAGCCAGGCUAUGUGGUUACAACACGUAAGGCCAAACUCUGCAAGCAAGAAGGUUUCCUAGAGUCUUAAUUGAAGACCAGAUUGCUGAGCUGAAGCUUUCACAUAAAGAAAUGCACAACAGAGAAUGCCUGGAAAGUUGAUACGCUCCUAUAUUCACAUUAUUUUUUAACAGUGCAUGUAUUGCUUGCUUUGAAUAUUAUCAAUGCUUUUUUAAUGCUGUGGAUUCAUAUUACACAAUAAAGUGAUGCAAAUGAACCAUU